CCUGGCUCUGUUUCUUCCUCCAUCAAUGAGAUUCAUGCAAUUCAUCAGCAUCCACAUCUAAUAUACUGUUUGGUGUCCAUGGAUUUCACUUCACUCUAUCUACUCCAAUGGAGGCUCUCCUGGUUCAAGCCCUAGACAAUGGCUGACGACGGCGAUGACGAGUGGAGGACAUGGGAGUAAACCUGCGACUGAUGGGAAAGUACACGGAGCAACGUCCUUGUUUGCCCAGCGACUGAAGUAUAUAAAGGCUAUCAUGGUCAUGGCAGACCCAGAUUUUCAAUCUGCUCAUUACCCUGCAAUCCUCCGAGCUCGUGGUUUUGAUAAUUGAGCAAUGCAUCUUCUUCAAAUCUGCAAGUUGGCACUCGUUGCCACAGCCGGAUUUGCUCUUGCCCAUCCCGGUGCUCAUGAGCCCAGCUCUUUCACCGACUUGGGCAAGCGUAACUUUCUGCGCAGCGCCCGAAGCACCUUGGAUCAGUGUGCGGACAAGCUCGAGGCACGGGGAGUCAAGGCCCGUGCCGAAGCCCGUCGUGCAGCUUUGAUUGAAAAGUACAGGAAGCGAACCAUCUCCAUUGAGCCCCGUGACACCGACAAGGUCCUAAACACCUCGCACCAUUCUGAUCUUCACGUUACUCCAAACACGCCUGCAGACGAUCUUUUCGACGCCGAUCCAGUCUGCAUCCUCGCCCCGGAGGGAGAGAUCGGGCCCUUCUGGGUUAAAGGCGAGCUUAUCCGCUAUGACAUCAGCGAUGAGGAAGAUGGUGUUCCAAUCUAUCUUGAUGGGCAAUUCAUUGAUAUCAACACCUGCGAGCCGAUCAAGGACCUCUACUGGGAUGUGUGGAACUGCAACUCCACUGGUGUCUAUUCCGGCGUGCAAAGCGGCAUGAACGGCGAUAGUGACGAUGAUUCCAACCUGGAUAAAACAUUCCUCCGUGGCAUCCAGAAGACCAAUUCAGAGGGGGUUGCAGGCUUCAAAUCCGUUUUCCCCGGCCACUAUGGCGGCCGCACGACACAUAUUCAUGUUGUCGCCCAUCUUAACGCGACUGUUCUACCCAACAACACGCUCACUGGCGGCUAUGUCCCCCAUAUUGGGCAACUGUUCUUCGAUCAGGAUUUGAUAGAUCAAAUCGAGGCGACCUCACCUUACAACACAAACACUGUAGAAAUGACGUCGAAUGCUGACGACCACGUUGUCAUAGUCGAGACCGAAGAUAGCGACUCUGAUCCAUUCUUCCAAUACGCGCUGCUCGGCGACUCCGUUGAAGAUGGCCUUUUUGCUUGGGUCACCCUGGGAGUCGAUGUGUCUGCCAAUCACGAUUCAUCAGUUUCCUACGCCGCUACCUUGACCUCCUCUGGAGGUGUGGUGAAUGAGAAUGCUGGAGGGGGUGGUGGUCCGAUGCCCUCUGGCUCUGGCUCACCACCUUCGUGAUUUUGCGCAGUGUAUACAAUCUCCUCGUGAAGAAUCAGCCAAGCUUGUUGAGUAUUUGGAAAUGAAUUAGAUAUGCCGCUGUGCUAUGCUUUGGGUUUACAUAUUGGUUAUAUAUCCUUCUGAGAGUCGUCAUUCAAUCUAACCUCUAACUCCGACUAUUAGCAUGAAAUUCAGAAUUGUGUACCUGCAGUUGUGACCCGGAAGCUGAGACCUGUCCUCCUAGUCGCAGGAACUUAACACCUACUCAGUUAUUUAAAGCCAAGGGUGAACCAUAAGCAUAGAAAGAUCAAAUGCCUAUUGGUGUUUUUGUAGUCGAGCGAUAUUUCUAUAAGGUAUAUCUACUUCGCAAUACGG